AUGACUGAAAAUAAAAAUGAAACUCAGUUUUGUCGUAGUUUCGUCAAGAUUUUUGUGUUUUUCCUUUGUCUGGGUGGAUUUCUCUAUCAAAGUGUGACUUUUUUAAAUAUAUAUUGGACAUAUCCAACUGUUGUUGAUAUUCGAAUUGAAUACAAACUAAACAUGACUAUGCCUAGCAUCACCGUGUGCAAUAAUAAUAGACUUAGAAGAAGUGUAUAUUGUAAAGCUCGUCCCGAAAACUGUGAGGAAAAAAGUUCGAUGGAAUUCUGUUCUGAUUAUCCUCAUCUUUGUGGAAACGGCUCUUCUAUUUACACAGCUAAGCGAGAAGUUUUUUUAGAAUCUAACAAAUGUAAUCACUCAGAGUUGCAGCUUUAUGGUCAUUCUAUUACUCCUCUUGUUACAAGAUUUGAAAUACUUGAUAGUGAAAACUAUGAUUUUGUUGAAAAGAAAUUUAAUUAUAUUAGAAUAUCGUUAUCCGAAGGAAUAACUUGUCCAAGGAAUUGCUAUGCUCUAAAUUCUGUUGUAGAAAAUUCGAAUUUUGAUUUCGUUCACAUAUCACUUCAAACAGAAGAAAGAAAAAUUAUGAAGUUGUUUCUAGAUUUAGAGCCCGAGGAGUAUUUAGACUUAUCUUCAUCCGCCGAAGGUUAUCUCGCAGUUCAUUCUCCUUUUAAAGUACUUAAUCCGUUUAUAAGGGGUUUUAAACUUCAACCUGGAAAUAUUUAUUAUGUCGAUUUAUUUAUGGAAGAGAAAUUAUCUUUACAAUCGCCUUAUCGUACAAACUGCAGAGAUUACUUGAAAAUAUGGAAAGAGAAAAACAUAACGGGACCUUUUACAUGGGAGAUGUGUGUUCAUCAUUGUAAAUUAACUAAAACUUCGACUAAUUGUGGUUGUGUCCAAAAACGGAUCAUCUAUCCCCAUAAUUUUCCAUUUUGUCAUUCAGAUGACACAUGCGUAAGUAAAUUAGAUUUGGAAGCGUGUUAUUCUUCGUGCCGGCAAGAAUGCAUAUCGCACAGUUUUAAAGUAAGUGUGACUCACAAAAGGAUUCCUGAUGAUUUACUUCGUAUUUACAAAGAAUUUUAUCCUCAAAAUGUUUACAAUACUUUAAGGAAUAGAUGCAUUAUUUUGAUAUUUUCUGUGGAACGACCGGAAUUUUUGUUAUAUCAAUACUUACCAAAAUAUGAGAUUAUCGAAGUGUUUAGUUUCAUUGGUGGGUAUUUGGGAAUGUGGCUGGGAAUCUCGCUUUUCGCUAUAUUCAAUUUUCUGGAAGAUGCCGCUAUAAAAAUUUUCACAAAGUACGAAAAUCAGAAGAAACAUAAGAAACAAAACGUUUGGACCAAAGUAUUGUGCGCUCGCCCAAAACCAUUUAUUCGUCGUAAAAUAUUAGCUUAGCACUAAUGACAAAUUAAGUUUUUUGAGUUUUAUGUAAAUGUUUUCUGAAACAGUCUAUUAUAUGUUUUAUAGAUUUAGUGUAAAUAAAUGUAAUGUAUUUCAAACCUAAAGAAAUAUUUAAUAUUUUUAUUUGAAAAAUUGAAUUUAAAUAUUAUUACACUGAAAAUUCCUGUUCAAUGACAGCAUGGUAACAGGAUUGUCGUUUUUCACAAUUAAAUUAUUUGAGGUGAAUUUGUGUAUUGUUGAAAUAAAUGCAAGUGGAUAAGUUCUCUCUUAAAUUUCUUUUUAUAUACAAGUUAAAAAAACCAUUUAAAAUUAUAUUUUUAGCUAACAAUUGCAAACUUUUAUUGUACUGUACUGUACUGUACAUCUCCUGAUUUUCUGUUGGGAAAAAUUAAAAAUUCUGUUUGGUCCAACAGUUGGUCUCGAUUUCAGAUAUUGUCUUGUUAAUAUGGACUCAAUUUGGUUCAUUUUCUGUUGUUUCAAGUUAUUUUAUGAAAAUUAUAUUAAAAAAUAGUUUGCAUAUGGAUGAUGUUUCUAAAUAUAAUUUUCAGAUAUAAAAUGCCAUUUUACAAAAGCAUUUACAGUCAUAAUGUCUGACUAACUUUAAAACUAGAUAAAAUGUUAUUAUAAUGAGAAAACUUUAUAAUGUUCUAAAAUUAUUAGCUUGAUCUCAAUUUGUA